AUGCAUCGUGGACGAGCCCCCAGCAAAGGGCCCUCCGCCCCCGUGCACGUUUACCAGCAGCCGCCGCGGCUUCUCGUCAUGCACGCCGUCCUGCCGUCGUGGGCUGGUGUCUGCUCCAACCUCUGUGACGCCCUGCACAACUUCUUCUCCAUCACAUGCAGCCUGAGGGGGCCCAGCCGCGUGUCCCUGCUCAGCGUGUAUGUGGUCCAGGCUCAGCACGAGUGCAUCCUCCCCUUCGUGCAAGUGAAAGGGAACUUUGCUAGAUUGCAGACGUGCGUCUCAGAGCUGCGUGUGGUCCAGAGAGAAGGCUGUUUCCGAGCACAGAGGGCCUCUCUGAAUCUGGCAGUACAGGAUGGACUUCAGCAGUUUCAGCAGUACAGCAGACAUGUGCCCUCCAGCAUGGCCCUGCCCUUCUCAUGCCUGGAGGUUACUGUGGUGACUUCCCAGCCUGGAAAAGAAGUGGCCAAGCAAUUGGAGGAAGGCUUGAAAAACACGAACCUCAGCAGAGUCAGGCGGCUGCAGGUUGUUGAGAUCACCGACAGCGUCCUCGAGUCGAUGGACUCAGCACCCCCUCUUGAGGAGCUGGCUGGUGACGAGAACUGUGUCUUGGGAACCGACAUCGAUCUGCAGACCAUAGACAACGACACCAUCAGCAUAGAGAUUUUCUUCAAAGCCUGGCUGCAUUAUGCGGGAACCGACCAGGAGCAUGUCCACCUCCUGCUUCCUCCGCGGUGCUCCAGCGGCUUCCUCAGAGCCACAGAGAAUCCAAUGUGUCUGAAAUGUGAUCUCCAGGAGCGACUCCUCAGCCCAGGCCUGCUUCCCGGCAGCACCGCCAGCCCCCUGGGAACAGAGGUCCCCAUGGAGGACCUGAACACACAGCACCAGACGGCUUCCCAGGCGUCAUCUGCGCCUUACAGGCUCCGGGUGAUCAAGGCUCUCAAGUUCAGUGGGGUCUGUGAGUCGCUGAUGUACGGGCUCCCCUUCAUCCUCAGACCCACGAGCUGCUGGCAGCUGGACUGGGACGAGCUGGAGACAAAUCAGCAGCACUUCCAUGCACUGUGUCACAGCUUGUUGAAGAGAGAGUGGCUGCUCUUGGCCAGAGGGGAGUCCCCAAGUCCAGGAUCCAGCCAGACAGUCUCUUCCAGCACCUUCUACGUCAUCAUGCCAUCGCCCUCCCUCACUCUGCUGGUCAAGGCAAUGGCCACGCGGGAGCUGAUGCUGCCCAACUCCUUCCCGCCACUUCUCCAGGACACGCCUGAUGACAGCCUUGGGGCUGUGGAGAGUGCGCUAGACAGCUUGGAGCUGGAAGCCACCUACAACCCGCUGCGGGUGUGCGGUCACCUGUAUGAACGCUUGAGCAGCACCCUGACCCGGCCUCGAGGGCAGACACACUGGGAGAGCCGGAGCCUGAGGAAGGUAGCCCCCCACACUCGUGGCCCUCCUCCCUACAGUGUGAGCAAGCAUCCCUGCAAGGUCAGCCGAGUUCGAGCCACAGUGGCCCCCCUGCCUAUCACUACAGCCCCCAGCAGAGAGCCUACAAUGCCAGAAACCCAGAGAAUGUCUUCAGCUGCCUUCGUGCUGCCUUCUGAGGAGGAGGAGGAGGAGGAAGAGGCGUAUCUCUGA